GCUGAUGGACAGGAAGGAGUCAUGUGGAGUCGAGGUUUCCUGCAGCAGGUCGUCCGCCAAGCGUCCACCGCUGCACAGGCUGGCAUCCUCUUUGAUGUAGAUGGCGUCCUUCUCCGUGGCAGUUCCGUGAUUCCAGCAGCUCGGCGGGCUCUCAGGAAACUUGUGGACCGGAACAACAACUUCCUGCUUCCUGUUGUGUUUGUCACCAACGCAGGAAGCUGUCAGAGAAACCAGAAAGCUCAGCAGCUGUCUCACCUGCUGGAUGUCCAGAUAACACCUGAGCAGGUGGUUUUAUCACACAGUCCUCUGCACACGAUGACGACUUUUCACAAUAAAUGUGUGCUGGUGUCCGGGCAGGGACCCGUGAGCCACAUCGCCCAAACUCUGGGUUUCCAGAUGGUGGUGACCAUUGAGCAACUGUCAGAUCAGUUCCCUCUGCUGGACAUGGUGGAGCACAACCGGAGACCCCCAACACACCCAUCUCCUCUGCAGAGCCUGCCCCAGAUUCAAGCAAUCAUCCUGUUUGGGGAGCCAAUCAGAUGGGAGACCAACCUACAACUGCUGAUUGACGUGCUGCUGACCAACGGCAGACCUGACUGUGUGUACGACACCCGUCUGCCAAACCAGCUGCCUAUUCUUGCCUGCAACUUGGAUCUACUGUGGAUGGCCGAUGCCCCAUCACCACGAUUUGGUCACGGGAUGUUCCUGCUGUGUUUGGAGUCCGUCUACAAGAAACUGACUGGUCGAGAGCUGCAAUACGAAGCACUGUUGGGAAAGCCCAGUCUGCAAACGUACCAGUACGCUGAACAGCUGCUGCGGCAGCAGAACCACAACCGCAAACUGUCCACGAUCUAUGCUAUCGGUGACAAUUUGACGACAGACAUUUAUGGUGCUAACAUGUACAAGCGCUACCUGGCUCAGCAGCAUGCGGCCAUGACACCAAGCACCAAGCUGGUUGCCCAGGCAACAGGGAGCCAAAUGGAAAUGGCAGAAGAACUGGCAUCUGCUGUUCAGUGUCACUCCAUCCUGGUGUGCACAGGUGUCUACAAUCCUCGUUCACGGACUAGUGACCAGAACAGUGGCUUCUCAGAAAUGGUAUUUAGUAGUCACCAAGACCUGGAACUGGAUCUGGUGGAGCCAAAUCACGUGGUAGAAGAUGUGGAGGCUGCCAUAGACCUGCUGCUGCAGGAGAGUUCUGUCAUACCUGUCUAACGCCCGACUGUCACCUGUCUAACGAUACCUGUAUAACACCCGACUGUCACCUGUCUAACGAUACCUGUCUAACGAUACCUGUCUAACGCCCGACUGUCACC